GGCAGGCCAGUGUGUCAGCGCUGGGCACCCACCAUGCCCACCCCUUCCUUCAAGCUCCCCAAGAGUCACAGGCAAGGGUGGGGGAGGGAGAGCAAAGGGAUGGGCCUCAAGGCUGGUAGGGCAGUCCCCCAGGCACCCUGACACAUGCCCUCUCCCUGGGGUGUGACGUGGCACAGCGGCCGGUGCUGUCCCCCAUCCCCCCCCAACUGGCCCUCAGAGGCGCCGGAGCUGUACCUUCACAUUUUCCACUGAAGUGGUGCCAACCCCAGAACCUCCCCCCUGGAUUCCUUGGCCAGGACUCUGGGCAGCCACAGACAAGGGUGACCUCAUCGCCCAUGGGCUCCCUCCCCUGGUGGGGACCUUAGGCAAAAAUGGGUAGCCGCAAGCAGGGACGCAACAAAGACCCUGCCAAGCCAGUCCAAGGGGAGGUAGGAGCCACUGUGUCGUGCCCGGCAGGCACUCGACCCCCCAGCCCUCCCUGAUCCUGCCCCCCACCCUAGAGCUGCCACAUUCCUGGACACACAUUCCUGGUCGAGGCCCCUGCCAGCCACCACCCUCCCUCCGCCCAGCGCAGAGACUGCUGCCCAGGCGGCCACUUCCUGAACGGUGGCCACAGGGGGAGGGGCCCCGAGGCGGCCGAGCGCAGCAGGGAGCUGAGGGCCCCUCGCAGGAGUGCAGGACCCCCUGGCGCUGCCCCUCUGCACCUGCCCGCCCCAGCCCUGCCAACUCUCGCCCUCCCAGCAAGCCCGCCCUUCAGGCACGCCCCCUGCGCCCAGGCCCUUCCUUCUCCGCUCGGGGUGGGGGGCCUGAUUCCCGUCCACGCGGCCACCCCCAAACCACAGACCCCAGAGCCUGCAGCGAGGAGACGGGGAGGGUCUCCGAGGCAGAGGGCACAGCCUGUGUGGGACCCGGAGCGUGUAGCCGCCGCGGGGAGGCUGUGCCCCCUGGGCCCCCAUGCACAGGCGGGGGUCGGGGGCAGCCUUGGGCGGGGGGUGAGCCCCAGCGUGCUCUGCGCCCCCUCCGCACCCCGCCUGGCACGAGUGUGCAGAGGAGCGAGGCCAGACAAACAGGGUGUGGCCAGGCACCGGGGCCAGGGUAUCUGAGUUAAGCGGCGGCAGCAGGAGGAGAGGACCUGCCUGGGUCGCGCCCGCCUGACCCUCCGCUCGGCGCUCCGGCGGGGGCCGGAGGGGGCUGCGGGGCCGGCACCCCCCCAGGGCCUGCCCCCCCAGCCCGGGCCGCGAGAUGCCUCGGGCCCCUUCGUCGUGGCGUGAGGCGGCAGAGGGACGAGGGCCCCUGCUCCCUGCGGCCUCCGGGGGCCGGGAGGCGGGGAGGAGGGCGGGCCGGCGCGGGGGAGGGGCCGCCGCCACUAUAAAGGCCCGGCCCGCGGCCCCGCUCCAGCCCGGGACGCACACGUGCGCGCGGCGCCGCAGCCGCCACCGCUGGCCACCGAGACCCGCGCCUCCCCGGCCCCGGACGGCCGCGCGGCCGGCGACAUGCACGGCGCGAGGCGGAGCUGACGGCGGGCGCCGUGUCCCUCGCCAUGCUGCACUCGGCGCCGCCGGGCCGCUACCUGUACCCCGAGGUGAGCGCGCUGUCGGAGGACGAGGACCGCGGCAGCGAGAGCUCCGGCUCGGACGAGAAGCCCUGCCGCGUGCACGCCGCGCGCUGCGGCCUCCAGGGCGCCCGGAGGCGGGCCGGGGGCAGGCGGGCGGGGGGCGGCGCCGCGGGGCCCGGGGGGCGGCCGGGCAGGGAGCCCCGGCAGCGGCACACAGCCAACGCGCGCGAGCGGGACCGCACCAACAGCGUGAACACGGCCUUCACGGCGCUGCGCACGCUCAUCCCCACGGAGCCCGCGGACCGCAAGCUCUCCAAGAUCGAGACGCUGCGCCUGGCGUCCAGCUACAUCUCGCACCUGGGCAACGUGCUGCUGGUGGGCGAGGCCUGCGGCGACGGGCAGCCGUGCCACUCCGGGCCCUUCUUCCACACCGCGCGCCCCGGCAGCCCCCCGCCGCCACCCCCCGCCCGCGACGGUGAGAACGCGCAGCCCAAACAGAUCUGUACCUUCUGCCUCAGCAACCAGAGAAAGUUGCCGUGCAGCAGUGUACUCUCCUCCCCAAACUGCAUGGGGAAGCCGGGAGCAAGGACCGAGACAGAAAGACGACGAUUCGGAGUUAGAGGCGACGCCGCCGGGCUACCCACAGAGCCCCCACGGACCUGACUGGGGCACAGGCCUCCUGGGAGAGCGCCCACCCGGCCGGCCCCGCCUCUGGUGACGGGGGGCCAGCGGACAGACAAGCGGCGACAGGACUCUGCACUGGCCCAACGGGCCGGGCCCACUGGAACCUUCUGUGCUGGCUUCCUACCUGGGGUUUCUUCUGGUCACUACGUGCUGGUACCUUGUGUCUUUGAUAUGAUAAUAUAAAGCCUGGAAACUUUGUAUAAUUAAAAACAAAACAGUAUCGUCCAAGCGUGGAGCACACUGUCCUCUUGAGCGGUUCAGGACCCGGCCUGAGCCCAGCAGCCCCUGGGGCGGGCUCUCCCGGCUGUGUCCUCCCAUCUCGGGGCCUCCUGCGGCACCAGCUCUCAGGGAAGCCUCUGCCCUCCAGGGCCUAGGCCACCCCUCCCAGGCCUGAGGCAGAGUGACGCACCUCCCGGACUGGGGGCUGAAGGAGACCAGUGAGGGACAGGAGGGCAAAGGAAGGACAGAGGAAGGCCCUUGCCACACAGCAAGGGAUGGAGCAGUCUGGCCUCCACCCCAGAGGCCCGCGUGGCACCCAGGCAUCCCUGAAGGGGCGAGGAGGGCAGAGCAUGCAGCACCAUCAUGCCAAGCCUCGGGGCCUCAGUGUUUGUGCAGAGACCCAAGAAGUGGAAACCCUGGGGGAGGCUGAGUGAGGGGCCCGGCCUGGCACAGCAAGUUUCCAAGCUUGGUGGGCCUAAGGGUGCAGGCCACACGGAAGCCCCCCACAUGCACCCCUGGGUGCCCAUUCUGGGCCCCCAAACAGGGCUCUGGGUCUCACCUCCACCGAGGUGCCCUGGCUCCCCCACCCCUUCGAGCUGGAAGACAGGACCUACCUGCCCCCUGCCGCCCCCCUGCACUCAGCCCCUUGCAGCACCGC